AUGGAGGAAGAGAGAAUCAGAAAGAGGAAGGAGCUGCAGGAAUGGAUUCAGCAGCGUUAUCCCGUGCUGGACAUCACGAUUGAGGGAGAUCUCGAGGCCGGUGCUGCGGAAGUGUUCACUCACUUCUUCCCCAAAUGGGACAGAUCUAAGAUGCAUCUCCACCAGUUCACGGAUGGCAUCACCAACAAGCUCUACAAGGUUGUGGCUCAGCUGGAGGAGACGCCGCGAGGGGAGGACUCGCCACCCGAGAAAACUGCACUUGUGCGCAUCUACGGCGAGCGCACCGAGGUCAUGAUCGACAGGGAGAGCGAGCUGACAACACUCGUCUGCCUGGGCAAACUCGGCCUCUGCUCUCCGCUCUACGGCCGCUUCAACAACGGUAUCUGCUAUGGCUUUGUGGAAGGCAAGCCCUUCACACCCGACGACAUGAAGGCCCCCGAGAAGUUCAAGCUCGUGGCUCAUCAACUGGCGCUGUUCCACGCAGUGGACGUGUUCGGAGAGCGAAAACCCGCCCUGUUCAAUACCCUCCGAAAGUGGUUGUUGGAGAUUCCUGACUCUUUUGAUGAUCAAGAGAAGAACCGACGGCUGCAGGAGCAAUUUUCCAUGAAGAGAUGUGUCGAAGAGCUGGAGUUCUUGGAGGAGCAGCUGAGCGGGACCACCUCGGAUGUCGUGUUUUGCCAUAACGACCUCCUGUCCGCCAACAUCCUCUACCAGGCGGCCUCGGCCCCGGAUGCCAAGCCUGCGAAAGUGCGCUUCAUCGACUACGAGUAUGGCAACUAUAACUGGCGGGCCUACGACAUCGCGAACCAUUUUUGUGAGAUGAUGGGCUAUACGGUGGACGGCUCGAAGUUCCCCACGAAGGAGUUCCAACUCGAGUGGCUUCGGGCCUACAUUGCCGCCCAGCGCCACAUCGGAAAGAACCCUGCCUAUCAGGCCGCCGAACCGGAGCUCGGAGAGGAGGACGCAGUAUCACAGGAGGACGUGGAUGCUCUCUACGAGGAGGUCAAGCGGUUCACACCCGCGCCAUCCUUCCACUGGGGCGUGUGGGCACUUGUACAGGCUCGUUACUCCUCGCUCGAGACCUUCGAUUACAUCGGCUAUUCGUCGAAGCUGUUCGAGCGAUACCACACGAGGAAGGAGGAGGUCUACGGCUUCCGCUACGGCAAGUCCCCCGCGGCCGCCGCCAAGCAAGAAUGA